CAUGCAAAAUUACAUUGACUGGUAGUGCUCCAGCCUCAAUCCCUAGUGUUGCACUCCCCUCAAAUAAGGCAUCACCUACAUGCAAAAGUACAUGGAUAUUGGCUGGUAGUGCUACAUCCUCUGUCCCUAGUAAUGCACUUACCUCAAAUAAGGCAUCAUCUGCAUGCAAAAUCACAUUGACUGGUAGUGCUCCAGCCUCAAUCCCUAGUGUUGCACUUACCUCAAAUAAGGCAUCACCUACAUGCAAAAUCACAUUUACUGGUAGUGCUCCAGCCUCAAUCCCUAGUGUUGCACUCCCCUCAAAUAAGACAUCACCUACAUGCAAAAUUACAUUGACUGGUAGUGCUCCAGCCUCAAUCCCUAGUGUUGCACUUACCUCAAAUAAGGCAUCACCUACAUGCAAAAUUACAUUGACUGGUAGUGCUCCAGCCUCAAUCCUUAGUGUUGCACUCCCCUCAAAUAAGGCAUCACCUACAUGCAAAAGUACAUGGAUAUUGACCGGUAGUGCUACAUCCUCAGUCCCUAGUAAUGCACUUACCUCAAAUAAGGCAUCACCUACAUGGAAAAUUACAUUGACUGGUAGUGCUCCAGCCUCAAUCCCUAGUGUUGCACUUACCUCAAAUAAGGCAUCACCUACAUGCAAAAUUACAUUGACUGGUAGUGCUCCAGCCUCAAUCCCUAGUGUUGCACUUACCUCAAAUAAGGCAUCACCUACAUGCAAAAGUACAUGGAUAUUGACCGGUAGUGCUACAACCUCUGUCCCUAGUGUUGCACUCCCCUCAAAUAAGGCAUCACCUACAUGCAAAAGUACAUGGAUAUUGACCGGUAGUGCUACAACCUCUGUCCCUAGUGUUGCACUCCCCUCAAAUAAGGCAUCACCUACAUGCAAAAGUACAUGGAUAUUGACCGGUAGUGCUACAUCCUCUGUCCCUUGUAAUGCACUUACCUCAAAUAAGGCAUCACCUACAUGCAAAAUUACAUUGACUGGUAGUGCUCCAGCCUCAAUCCCUAGUGUUGCACUUACCUCAAAUAAGGCAUCACCUACAUGCAAAAUUACAUUGACUGGUAGUGCUCCAGCCUCAAUCCCUAGUGUUGCACUCCCCUCAAAUAAGGCAUCACCUACAUGCAAAAGUACAUGGAUAUUGACCGGUAGUGCUACAACCUCUGUCCCUAGUGUUGCACUCCCCUCAAAUAAGGCAUCACCUACAUGCAAAAGUACAUGGAUAUUGACCGGUAGUGCUACAUCCUCUGUCCCUUGUAAUGCACUUACCUCAAAUAAGGCAUCAACUACAUGCAAAAUCACAUUGACUGGCAGUGCUCCAGCCUCAUUCCCUAGUGUUGCACUUACCUCAAAUAAAGCAACACCUGCAUACACAAGUACACACGUCUAUCAAUUUACAAACAAGUUAAGAUGAAAAUCGAAUCUGGUUUUACUUAAUUGAUCGCAGUGGUUUAUUGAAUCUAGUUUUGUGUUUAACUAUUGUUUGUACAAGUACAAAACAUUAGAUGUUGUCCAGAUUCGAAUAUGCUUAAGUAGUACAUUGUGAAACAGCAACAACGAUAUGCUCAAAUAACGUACAGGGAGAGACCAAAUAAUUUUAACACAAAGCAGUUUUCAAAAUAAUGAAUAUACUGGUCUCUCAGAAAGCAGAAAAAUCGACAUUUGAACCAAAACAACAUCACUAUAUACAUCUUCAAAUCGAUUUAUCAAUUUUAUCGUGUCAUUUUGGACUUUUGGUAGGGUUUGUUUUCCUUGUUUAUGUCUGAUUGUGAUCCUAUCUGUUCUUUUAUCUUUCUGUCUUACUAUGUUUUGUUAUAGUUUAUCGCCUUUCCUCUUUUGACAAUCGUGCUUACAUACCCGUCUGUAUGACAUGACGUACCUCGAACACAUUGCCUAGUCAUGUUUUCUAUCUGCAGCACUCGUGCGUACAUACCUGUCUCUAUGACAUGACGUACCUGGAACACAUUGCCUAGUCAUGUUGUCUAUCUGUGAUACUCGUGCUUACAUACCUGCGUCUAUGACAUGACGUACCUGGAACACAUUGCCUAGUCAUGUUGUCUAUCUGUGAUACUCGUGCUUACAUACCUGCGUCUAUGACAUGACGUACCUGGAAUACAUUGCCUAUAGCAUGUUGUCUAUCUGUAGCACUCGUGCUUACAUACCUGCUUCUAUGACAUGGCGUACCUGGAACACAUUACCAAAUCAUGUUGUCUAUCUGUGACACUCGUGCUUACAUAAGUGCGUCUAUGACAUUGCGUACCUGGAACACAUUGCCAAAUCAUGUUGUUUAUCUGUGUAACUCGUGCUUACAUACCUGCGUCUAUGACAUGACGUACCUGGAACACAUUGCCUUGUCAUGUUGUCUAUCUGUGGCACUCGUGCUUACAUACCUGCGUCUAUGACAUGACGUACCUGAAACACAUUGCCUAGUCAUGUUGUCUAUCUGUGAUACUCGUGAUUACAUACCUGCGUCUAUGACAUGACGUACCUGGAACACAUUGCCUAGUCAUGUUGUCUAUCCGUGAUACUCGUGCUUACAUACCUGCGUCUAUGACAUGACGUACCUGGAACACAUUGCCUA